UCCACCGGGAACAACACCUCCAAGUCAUACGUACUCCCAGCACAUGUUGCAUGAUACACGCAGAUAUACAUGCGAGCCAUACCAAUAGAUAAAAAAGAUGUCGGAUAUGCAGGAUACGCUGCUGCUGGGAUCAGAGGGAAUCAAGAAAACAAUCCUGCAUGGAGGGACUGGAGAAAUUCCUAAAUUCAUCACCGGGGCAAAGGUGACAUUCCACUUCCGCACCCAGCUAUGUGACGAUGAUCGUACGGUGAUAGAUGACAGCAAAGUGGUGGGGACGCCCAUGGAGGUUGUGAUUGGCAACAUGUUUAAACUGGAUAUCUGGGAGACCCUGCUGUCCUCCAUGAGGAUCGGGGAGGUGGCUGAGUUCUGGUGUGACACCAUUCACACUGGCGUUUACCCACUCGUGUCCAAGAGCAUGCGACGCAUUGCAGAAGGCAAAGACCCAGUCGAGUGGCAAAUGCACACGUGCGGCAUGGCCAACAUGUUCGCCUACCACAGCCUCGGCUACGACGACCUGGAUGAGCUGAUGAAGGAGCCCAAACCGCUCUACUUCAUCCUCGAGCUGCUCAAGGUACAGCAGCCCAGUGAGUACAACAGGGAGUCAUGGGCUUUGAGUGAUGAGGAGAGGCUAAAGGUCGUCCCUGUACUGCACGGCCAAGGGAACAAGCUCUACAAACAAGGGCGCUACCAAGAGGCCACACAAAAGUACAAAGAGGCCAUCAUCUGCAUCAAAAAUGUUCAGACUAAGGAGAAGGCCUGGGAGGCCCCCUGGCUGAAACUGGAGAAGACAGCCAACACCUUAACCCUCAACUACUGCCAGUGCCUGCUACGCAUGGAGGAGUACUACGAGGUCAUCGAGCACACCAGCGACAUCAUCAAUCAGCACCCAGGUUCAGUGAAGGCCUUCUACCUGCGAGGGAAGGCCCACAUGGAGGUGUGGAACGAGGCGGAGGCUCGGCAGGACUUCAGCAGGGUGCUGGACCUGGACCCCGGCAUGAAGAAGGCUGUCAAGAGGGAGCUGGCUGUGCUUAACGUGCGCAUGCAAGAGAAGAACGAGGAGGACAAGGACAAGUACAGAGGCAUGUUUUGACAGGGAGAAACUGAGGCUAUGGCUGGAGAAGAAGCAAAGUAACCUGAAAAAGAAGAGUGAUGUUGUUGAAUCACAAAUCCUAAACUGCUACUAAAAUAAAUAAAAUGAUACCGGUAUCUUUCCUUUUCCUCUACAGUCUAUAGUCUUAUAUAAUGUGCUUUGGUUUCAUGGAUUUAUUUAUGUGUUUAAUCAAUUGCUUGCACUGUAUUUAUAUUAUAUUAAUGUCUUUAGCAAGGUUUAAAGAUGUACCUAUAAAUGUUAAGAUUGUGAAUGCAGAAAAUAAUGGAAACUGUGCAUUUGUUCACUUUCUUGCCCAGAGUUAGAUAAGAGGUCCAUACCACUCUGUAUGCUCAAUAUGUAGCUGGAACCAGCAGACACAACUUGUCUUAGAAGAAACAGUGGGAAACAGCUAGUCUGGCUCUGUUCAAAGGUAACAAAACUAGCCUCCCAGCACCUCGAAAGCUCAUUAUUUAUCUACUUUGUUUAAUCCAGGUGCUGCACUAUUUGUUGACUGGAUUUAACAAACUAAAUAUAUAAUAAGUAAAUUAGUGAGUGUUAGAGGUCCAGGUCAGUGGAUUUUACUGUAAUAUAGAACCUGUCUGAACCAGUCUUUAUGUCAGACUAAACUGGCUUCAGUUACACUUGUACAGUACGACACAGAGAUGAAAGGCUUCUUACCUAACUCUUGGGGUAGAACGUGAAUAACUAUGCUAUAAUUACUACUAACUGUGUGUCUUUGUUGCUACUGAAUAUUCCACUGUCAUGUAGAGAGGAAUCUGAGCAUUCAUCUGCCCGGUCCUGAAAAACUGCCUCUAAUAAACUACUGG